ACUAGAAGGCUGACAGAGCUCUGGGCCGCAGAAGGGGGAAGGGGCUCCCCUUAGGGUAAAAGAGCGGCUAGAGGCGGGGCUCCAGGAGACCGGGGAGUCCCUCCCUGGUCUGUGCAUCUGGGGGAGGGAAAGAAGGAGGAGAGGUAGAGGAGUGGAAAUUGGUCGAGGAAGCAGCAGCAGCCGCAGCAGCUGCGGACACUCCUCCUCCAGCUGCGAAUUGGGCAGUCCUGACCCCCUUCCCAUACCCCAUCUCUCCCCAGCACCCGCGACUCCCGCAAACGAGGCCCCUAUCUCCCGCCCGAGGAGAAAAAAGAGAAGUUUCUGACUCUUCAAGGGCAGUUAAAGAUUUGUGCAAACCAGGGUCCCUAGUCUCUACUCCCCGCCCCCACGCCCGUGGGCUCCUUGGCUCGCUAGCCGAGGCACCCAGGAGGAGGAGGAGGAAGAUUGGAGUAAAGGCUCACUCGCGUCCGGAGAACAACAACGACCUAUGAAGCCCUGCAAAGAGGAAGAGGAGGCUGUGGCUGCACAGGCAGCCUCGGGGGAUGGCAGCAGCAGCGGUGCAGACCCCUGGAAGGAGUGUGCAGAGGUGGCGGUGCAGCUGGCGCUCCGGGCGGGACAGAUUAUCAAAAAAGCCCUCACUGAGGAAAAGUGUGUGUCUACAAAAACAUCAGCUGCAGAUCUUGUGACAGAAACAGAUCAUCUUGUGGAAGAUUUAAUUAUUUCUGAACUAAGGAAGAAGUUCCCUUCCCAUAGAUUCAUUGCAGAAGAAUCUACUGCUGCUGGAGAAAAGUGUGUCCUCACAGACAGCCCCACCUGGAUCAUUGACCCUAUUGAUGGUACUUGCAACUUUGUACACAGGUUUCCAACAGUGGCAGUUAGCAUUGGAUUUGCUGUUAAUCAAGAGCUUGAAUUUGGAGUGAUUUACCACUGUACUGAAGAACGGUUAUACACUGGCAGACGAGGUCAAGGGGCCUUUUGUAAUGAACAAAGGCUUAGAGUAUCCAGAGAGACAGAUCUCUCAAAGGCCUUGGUUUUAACAGAAAUUGGUCCAAAGCGUGAUCCUGAUACUCUGAAAUUGUUCUUCAGUAAUAUGGAGAGGUUACUCCAUGCCAAAGCUCAUGGGGUGCGUGUGAUUGGAAGUUCUACCUUGGCUUUGUGUCACCUAGCCUCUGGCGCUGCAGAUGCAUAUUAUCAAUUUGGCUUGCAUUGUUGGGACUUAGCAGCUGCCACUGUCAUAAUUAGGGAAGCAGGUGGUAUUGUGAUAGACACUUCAGGGGGCCCUCUUGAUCUCAUGUCAUGCAGAGUAGUUGCUGCCGGUACCAGAGAAAUGGCUAUGCUCAUAGCUCAGGCAUUACAGACUAUUAACUAUGGGCGUGAUGAUGAAAAGUGACCAAUGGAAGGAAAGAAAUGCUGCUGCAUGCAACCAUGAGCCUGCCUUUCUGGAAAUGUACUCCAAGAUGGGUUUCUGGGAGGAUAGAAGACCGACCUUUAACAGCUUGCUUUCAAUGUCCAGUGUUUAUUGUUCCUAACUACCCUCAGGGUGGGACUUGGGGGAUGGUUCAACUAAAGUGUGUGCCCUCCCUGCUUUAAUCCACAUAAAUUUCACCAGGGUUUGGUGUUUGGUUUGUAUACUGGUUUGUUUCUUUCUAAAAAUACAAUCACAGUUCAAAAGAAGUUCUGAAUGUUGGGGGUGGGUGGGAAAUAGGGGGAGCUGACACCUAAUUCUGUGACAUAUGCAAGAAUAAUUAAAUUUCUAUUUUUUUUUUAAUAAUGCAUAUCUCAGGUAAUAAAGCAUAGAACUGCAGAUAAA